AACCGCCUCACCACUAUCGAUAAUUCGCGAAAAAACAAAAUAAAUAGAAAAGAAACAUGCCCGCCGAUCAAAUUCAAUAUUCUGAGAAGUAUUUCGAUGACAAAUUUGAGUACAGGCAUGUUAUCCUACCGCCCGAUUUGGCCAAACACGUACCCAAGUCCCACCUGAUGACGGAGACCGAAUGGCGCAAUUUGGGUGUCCAGCAAAGUCCUGGUUGGGUGCACUACAUGAUGCAUGCCCCAGAGCCACACGUUAUCCUAUUUCGCCGCAAGCGUCAGGAUGAGGAGGAAACACCAACGUUGCAAACGACCAGCACUACAAACAAUGUUAACGUAUGCGCUUAGUUCAAACAAAAACAGUUCGUUAUAGACAGUAUUUGAUAAGAUUGAGAUUUAGCCAUCAGUUACCUUGAUGUAAAAUAGAUUUACACUAACAUAUAUGAUGAUAUAUUGGUAGCCCUUAGCACUUGCAUUUAAAAUAGUUCUCAUAAUGUUUUAUUACCUUAAAAUAAAUGUAAAACAUAUGUACGCCAAAGUGUACAGAUUAAAA